GAAAGAAAUACCGGCGCGCAACUCGAGUUUUCCAGAAAAUUAAAAACUGUUACUGCGUCAAUUUCCCAAGCUUACGGAAGGAAAAUUAAGUUGCAACAAUGACCGUAGACGAAGGCGUUGAUAUCUCAAAGAAUGGCGACCGUGGGGUGUUGAAGAGGAUCAUCAAGGAGGGCGAAGGCACGGAUACUCCCAACGUUGGAUGCCAAGUCACUGUCCACUAUACUGGGACACUCCUGGAUGGCUCAAAAUUCGACUCCAGUAGAGAUAGGAAUGAGCCAUUCGAAUUUAAUUUGGGGAAAGGCUCGGUGAUCAAGGCGUGGGAUGUGGGCGUGGCGACGAUGAAAAAGGGCGAGGUGUGCGUGUUAACUUGCGCGCCCGAAUACGCCUACGGAGCCGCCGGCAGCCCGCCCAAGAUCCCGCCCAAUGCCACCCUGCAGUUUGAGAUUGAAAUGAUCGACUGGAAAGUGGAGGAUCUGAGCCCGAACAAGAACAAAGGCAUCUUGCGGCACAUCGUGGAGCAGGGCUCCGGCUUCGACAGCCCCAACGAUGGCGCGUUGGUCACAGUUGAGCUCGAGGGCAAGUUAUUGGCUGACGGCAAAAUAUUCGACACCAGAACAGUCACGUUCCACCUCGGCGAAGGCAGCGAGAACAACAUCUGUGAGGGCAUCGAGCGAGCCCUCGAGAAGUUCCUCAAGGGAGAAAAGUCCAGGAUAACCAUCCAGCCCAAAUACGCCUUCAAAUCCGAGGGAAACGCAGAACUAGGCGUGCCUCCGAAUUCCGCAGUAGAAUACACCGUCACACUCACGAACUUCGAGAAAGCCAAAGAGUCGUGGUCAAUGGAAGGCUCAGAAAAGCUGGAACAGGCCAAAAUCUUCAAAGAGAAGGGCACAAACUACUUCAAAGCAAGCAAAUUCCAGUUGGCCAUCAAAAUGUACAAGAGGGUUAUCAGUUUGCUAGAUGACAUGCCAGAAGACAGCAGCGAAAAAGAAGAGAACAAAACCCAAGCCAAAGAACUACUUCUAUCCGCGCACCUGAACCUUUCCCUGGUCUACCUGAAGGUCACACCUGUACACCACUUCGAGGCCAAGGAUCACGCCAACAAGGCGCUAAAGAUUGACGAGACCAACGUUAAGGGACUGUUCCGUAGGGGACAAGCACUACUGGGCCUGGGAGAGGCUGAGAUAGCUGUGAAAGACUUCCAGAAGAUUGUGGAGUUGGAGCCCCAGAAUAAGGCCGCUGCCAACCAGGUCCUGGUGUGCCGCGCCGCCGUGCAGAAACAGCGGCAGAAGGACAAGCAGCUGUAUGCUAAUAUGUUCGACAAGUUCGCCAAGCACGACUCGGAGCUGGAGAAGAUAAGAGCUAAAGAAGAAGUUGACGUCAUCGGCGAGAAAGUCGGCGAAUGGGGCGCCGGCGAGGGCGAGUGGACCGACCAGAUGCGCGCGCGGAAACCCACCGACUUCGAGAAGGAGAACCCUAACAUCCUCAUGCUGGACAAGGACGGCCGCUUCCAGAACAUGUGAGGAGCGAGAAGGACGGAUGCUGGGUGCCGGGCGACUGCAUGAUACGGUCUAAACUACAAUACUCAAAGCACUAACAAAACAUUUUUUUUGUAUGAU